AGCUAGAGUUCAUGAGAUCUGCGCAAGAUCUCACCUAGACUGGCCGCACACAACGCGACAGUCCUCCAAAAUUAGUAUUCGUGGGUCCCCGAGCACCAUCAUCAUCCUGCGCAUCUCGUUUGGCUGCCCCGCGAGGCUGUGACCAAGCAUGCAGCUCCUUCUGCUGUGGGUAGCGGUGCACGCCGCCGCGGCGCUCGUGCACACGACUACUCUGCCCCACAAGACGCGCCUACUCGCGACCACGACGCUCGUCGACCGCGCGCUGGACACGCUCGAGGACGCGACGCUCCAUCUCACGCGCCUGUCGGAAGGCGAUGCCCAGGACGUCGGCCCGCGAAAUGAUGACGACGACCGCGCGACGCUCGUCGUCCUCGGCUCGGGCUGGGCCUCGCACGCGCUCAUCAAGGUCGUCGACGCGAACAAGUACCGCGUCGUCGUCGUGAGCCCGCGGAACCACUUCGUCUUUACGCCGAUGUUGGCCUCGGCCGCCGUCGGUACCGUGGAGUACAGGUCGAUGACGGAGAGCGUGCGAGGGGCAAAUCCCCUCGUGCAGUUCGUCGAGGGCGCGGCCACGGGCGUGAAUCUUGACCAAAGGUACGUGAUGGUGCAGCCGGUCCCGUUGGGUGGGGACGCGCCGGCGCCGCAACGCAUCAGCUACGACGCCCUUGUGGUAGCCGUCGGCUCGCGAGCGGCCGACGCGAACGUGCCCGGGGCGCGGGAGCGCUGCUUUGCGCUGAAGGAUUGCGAGGACGCGCGACGGCUGCGGGAGGCAGUAGGUGAGCGCUUCGAGCGGGCCGCGCGGGCGGGCGAUGCGGCGACGGCCCGCGAGCUCACGUUCGCGGUCGUGGGCGGCGGCGCUACCGGUGUGGAAUUGGCCGGAGAACUCAGUGACUUUGUCAACGACGUGGGGCGGCUCUACCCGUCGCUGCCGCAAGAAGCGCCGCGCGUCGUCUUGGUGCAUAGCGGCGACGAGCUCCUGCCGCAGUUCGACCCGGAUUUGCGCAUUGAGGCGCUCCGGGCCUUGGAGCGGCGUGGUGUCCUCGUGCGGUUGGGGCGGCGCGUCCAGCGCGUCGACGAGGAAGCGUUACGGCUCGACGACGGCUCGGACGUGCCGUGUGCGCUGUGCGCGUGGUACGUUUCUGAGUCCGAAACGACCCAUACGCCAUCGCAGCGACGCGUCGACACGCAGGUGCGCCGGCACGGCACCUGUGCCCUUCACCGAAUCGCUCCCGGUGCCUGUCGGGGACGACGGUCGACCCUUUGUCGACGGUUGGUUGCGGGUGGCGGGAUCCCCGCCAGGCACUGUCUACGGUCUGGGCGACGCAUUCUGCUGUAUACCCAACGGCGAGAGCGAGCCCGUUCCGCAGACCGCCCAGGUCGCGGGCCGUGCGGAAUCAAAUUUCAGGCGCCCCACGACGCGAUGUUGUCUCCAUUUCCACACAGGUCGCCGGCCAGCAGGGUGCGUACGUCGCUCGUCUGCUCAAUCGCGGCUACGACUGCGUCCGAACGCCGCCUCGGCUACCAGCCGAGACUCGGACGCCGGUCGCCAACUGGCUCCGGUUGCGGGGCGCGGAGGAGGCGUCGGAGUUUUCGUUUCUGAACCUAGGGCUCCUCGCGUACGUCGGAGGUGGAGAAGCCUUGUCCCAGGUCCAGGUCGGAGACGCCCGAGUCGGCGCGUGGGCGGGCUCCGCGGCCUUCCUGUUGUGGAGGUCCGUCUACAUUGUGAAGCAGGUCGCGACGCGGAACCGCGUGCUCGUCACGUUCGACUGGGUCAAGACGGCCCUUUUCGGUCGGGAUAUCACUCGGCUUUGAUGAUAUGUGUAAGAUCUUUUUG